AUGCUCUCACGUGCUGCUGCAGUGAAAGCACCCCGCACACACAACCGUCGCGGCGUGACCGGAUCGAGCGGGAGGAGGAGGGAAGGAGGAGAGAGUGAGCCGCAGAGGCCCAACAUGUCUCGGCGUGUGUUUGCUUCCGCGGUGCUGCUCCUCCUCGUCGUGAUGAUGUGCUGCGGCAGUGGAGUGGCUGCACUCGCGGAGGAGAGUAAUCCAGUGACUGCUCCAAAUUUUGAAUGGAAGGACGUCACUGAUGUUGAUGUAGCUUUGGACUCUUUGAGUGCUCCCGGCCUUCUAAAAGUGGGGAGUGACGUGUUUGCCGUUGCCGAGGCGCAGUACAAGAAAGAUGAAAACACCUUUACUGGCAUUGCAUCCCAACUACUCACGAUGGAAACGGAUAACACACCGGUGGAAAUAAUGAAUGGUGCCAAAAGAGACACACAGGUUCUGGAGGAAGGCACUACCCCAAAAAAUAAAAAAGUAGAUGUGAGCCGACCAACAACAGUUGUGAAGGGAAAAGAUAUUUACAUGCUUGUUGGGAAAUACAGCCGGACAGAUGCCGCUGAUGCUCAGGAGAGGGGUGCAGGUGACUCGGGGCUAUUGCUGGUGGAGGUGAAAGUCAAUAGUGUUGAAGAAAAUAACAAAAAAAUUGACUGGAAAGGUACUGAGAGUUCCCCGCAAAGAAUUGACACACAGUCCGAUUCCUGGACAAAGCUGAUUGGAAGCGGUGGAUCUGGUGUUAAGAUGAAUGACGAUACGCUUGUGUUUCCAGUGGAAGGCACGAAGAAGGGUGAAUCAAAUGACGGAAAGACCGUUUCGCUGCUCAUAUACACCUUGAAGGAUACCACUAAGAGUUGGAAGCUAUCGAAGGAGGUUCCUUACGAUGGCUGUAGUGAUCCCUCCGUCGUGGAGUGGAAGAAGAAGGACAAAAAACUCAUGAUGAUGACUGCGUGUGAUGAUGGCCGCCGCAGGGUGUACGAGUCCGGUGACAUGGGAGAUUCGUGGACGGAGGCACUCGGGACACUCUCGCGCGUGUGGGGCAACAAACAUGGCCAAGAAGCGAAGGGCGUUAGAAGCGGGUUCAUCACAGCGACGAUUGACGAUGAUGAUAAUAACAGAAAUGUGAUGCUCGUCACUCUGCCGGUGUAUUCCGAGGAGAAAGAUAAGAAGGACAAUGGAAAGGGCAAACUCCAUCUUUGGCUGACGGACAAUACGCACAUUGUUGAUAUUGGGCCGGUAUCCGAUGAUGACGCUGCCGCCAGCUCCCUGUUGUACAAAAGUGCUAGAAGUGGAACUAAUAAGAAGGAGAAGGAGUUGAUUGCACUGUACGAGAAGGACGGGGAAAAACCAUCACACAGUCUUUGGUCUGUGCGUCUGACUGCGCAGCUGCAGCGUGUGAAGGAUGUGCUAUCGACGUGGAAGAAAGUGGACGACAUUGUCUCCAAGCUGUGCCCUUCUGAGAGUGCUGCGAAGGACCGUCCAACUGACAAUGCCUGUAGCGCUGUCAUUCCGACGGAUGGGCUGGUUGGCUUUUUGUCCGGCAACUUCUCUGGUAACACAUGGAGGGACGAGUACCUCGGGGUGAACGCCACAGUGACGAAUAAAGAUGGGGAUGCAGGGGAGACAAAGGCAACAAAGACUUCCGAGGGUGUGAAGUUCAAAGGAGCGUGGGCGGAGUGGCCUGUUGGUGAGCAGGGGGAGAAUCAGCCGUACCACUUUGCGAACUACAACUUCACUCUUGUGGCGACGGUGUCCAUUGAUGGUGUGCCGAAGGGGAACACCCCCAUUCCAGUGAUGGGUGUGAAGAUGAAUGGCGAUGAGAAGACUGUACUUUUUGGACUGUCGCACGAGAACGGAGGGAAGUGGAAAUUGCUUUGUGGUGGCGGAACGGACACUGAGGAUCAAAGCGUCAAUUUGGCGACGGAGACAAAAAACCACGUCGUAAUUUUGAUACGGAACGGCACCCAGGGCUCUGCGUACGUCGAUGGUAAAAGUGUGGGUGGGAAUGCGCAAUUUGAUUUGAAGGAUAUUGAAAGAUCUAGAGGGAUCUCUCACUUCUACAUUGGAGGGGAUGGAGACGGCGCAGAGGGAGAAGAAGGCUUUUCUGUGACCGUGUCGAAUGUCCUGCUGUACAACCGUCCGUUGGAUGACGAUGAGAUUGCAGGGCUCGACAAAAAUAAAAUUACGAAUCCGAAGCGGGAAGGUCCGAAGACAUCGACGACAUCUCCUCGUUCACCAGCGGUAAGUGGAUCAGAUGUGCAGGGAACCGUUUCGCAGUCCUCUUCUGCUGGGCAACUGCAGUCGGAGCAGGGACAGCAGAAAUGGAGCAAUGGUGCCGGAGCUGGCGGCGCAUCCACACCAGCGACGUCUACCGCCGCAGCUUCUUCAGGACAGGAGCCCGUAAACCAGCCGACAUCUGGAACUUCUUCCAGUGGAAACAAAAAUGUGGAUGGCACUCCCUUGUCUGGUGGUGACAAAGCUGUGACAGCAGGGAGUGGAGAAACGGUUCAGGGAGAUGGAUCACUCCAAACUCCUGAGGUCAGCGUGAGCUCUGAUGAGGAUGGGGAGAGGGCGGAAGGAACGGAUGUGCAGCAGGAGGGAAUCCAUUCACAAGACAGGGAAUUAAAUGCCACGGCACUCAGCAGUCGCCUUGGAAAUGUGUCGCAGGGGAAUAACACCGAUGCCGGCAGUGUGCGUGGGAGCGGACUGCUGCCAUCGCUGCUUCUUCUGUUGGGAAUGUGGGUGUUUGCGGCUCUGUGA